UUUUGUCUGACUGGGGUGUGAGUUCCACAUUUUAGCCCCAAAGGGGCUGCGCUGACAAGCUUUUUUUUUGGUCCCUACGAUGGUCAUAGAUACGGAACGAAUUCUCUUCAAAAGACAAGCAUUUAUUCUUGGCAAAUACCCGAUCAGACAGGUCAAAUAAAAUAUUAUGUCGAUGCAAUUGACCCUAACAAAUCCAACUGGCUUCGUUACAUAAAUUGUCCAAACACUCUUCGUCAACAAAAUCUCAUAUCAUUCAUAUAUCACAAUGAUAUUUUCUAUUUGGCAAUCCGAAACAUUCCUAGACCGUUUCUACGUUGGAAAAAGGA